UUUAAAUAUUAACACCAUCAAUUAUUGCGAACCUUCAGUUUACUGUAAGAAUAGUGAGUGUUCGUGAAAAUUUUUCUUUAAAGUUAGCUUGUUUAGUGCGUUUUUUAAAAUGGAUUUGGAUGUAGAACAUACUUUUCCUCUGCCAAUGCCUUCUAAGGAAUACUUAGUUGCAGCUCGACGCUCACUUCAGCACGAUUUUCUUCCAUAUCCUAGACUUAGCAAACAACGAAAAGGAAGUCUACACAUUAAUCUUGAUUAUUACUGUGAAAAGAAACCGACAGAAGAUUUCCAACCCUGUAAAGAACCACCAUCAUCACCAGUAGGAGUGUUCCAAAAUGGAAAAUAUAUAAAAGACCCCAAUGCACCUAAGGAUAAGAACCAUUUUGUUCUAAUCACAAUUGCUCUUUUUGGAUUGGUACAUAUGCUGCCUUUCCUGUUUUUUAUGACAGCCAACGAGUACUGGAUGUACAAGUUCCGAAAUGUGACACACGAAAGUUCCGAUGCAAACGAUCGAACAUAUCUUCAAAGAUAUUUUUCCUCGUUGAACUCUGUGACAAUUACCACUCCUGGAGUAAUUUGCAAUUUUAUAGCAGGAAUUGCUGGACAUAAAAUUUUGGCUACGACACGGAUUUUUUGUGUCCUAGCGGUCCAUUCUACUGUGUUAACACUACAAGCCGUUUUUGUUAUGGUAAAUACUGAUACAUGGCAAGUGGGAUUUUUCGUGUUUGUGCUAUUAUGUCAGCUAAUGAUGUCAUGUGCAAUGUCGCUGGGCGGUUCGGGCUCUAUGGGUCUUGUAGCCAAACUGCCGCCUUUAUAUUUAAAAGCAAAACUACUCGGAGAAGGUGGAGCAGGUGUAUUCUCAGCAGUAUUAAGAUUAGCUUCCAUUAUGGUCACUCCUUCGACCGAAGGGGCGGCUUUAAUGUAUUUUGGAAUCGGAAGUGUCCUUAUGAUAAUCAACAUGAUCGUCUUUUAUUUUGCUACUAAAACUAAAUUUUUUAGAUAUUACACACAAAGCGCGGAAGAGGACGUCAAGGAGAACUUAAGAAAUUUUUCUGACUUUUUAGAAGUGUUUAAAAUCAUAUGGCCGCUAAUCCUGCUAAAUCUAUUUGGAAUGCUUGUACCUAUUUCUUCUCUUACAAAUUUAGUGGUUUCCGAAUAUUACGGCACUUCAAGCAUUUGGGGAACCAAAUAUUUUGUUACUAUUUGUACGUAUCUCAUUCCCGCUAUUACUGGAUUAUGCGGUAGAGCCCUAUUUAAUGGAAUGGAUUAUGAUAUGUCUCUACCAGUCCUGUACCUCUUAUCUUUAUCAAAGGAAAUUAUAUUUGGAGUGUUAUUUUUUCUAACAAACGCUAAACCAAGGUAUCACCUUCCAGUUAUCAUAAAUCGCGAUUGGGAAUAUGGGAUACUGACCGGUGCACAAUCCUUUUUAAGCGGUUUUUUCAUGAAUCUUAAUAUGGUCAAAUCGAUGAGGAUGGUCCCACCAAACCGUAUAGAACUAGGCAUGAUGGUCACUAUGUUCUUCAUGAGCGUUUUUGCAGCUGCAACCUCACCAUUAGGUGUCCUGGCGGUCAGUUUGCUCUAAGAAUUCUCCAAAUUUUUUCAGUUUUAUGAGAAAAUAAGAAAAAUUAAUUUAUUGUUAAUGCAUAUAGUUAAAUCUCAAAUUUAUGUUUAUUUGUAGUUUUUAUUGAUAUUCGUUUAGUCAUUAGCAAUGACAAAUUGGAAUUUGUACAAGGGUAGGUUAAUUAAGCAUUAUUUAUUUAUAAUUAUCUAUAUAAAUUUGUAGUGUUCCUAUAAACAUAUUAACUUUUCAUUACAGGUAUAAAACUGUAUUUUUAAGAUCUAUGUCAAUAAAUCUUUGAAAAAAAUAUA